CACGCGCUCCAAGGUUUAAACGGGGUACGAUAUAUCGUGGACGAUAUUAUUGUAUGGGGAAAAAUCCGAGCCCCGCGUGACAAGGACUUAGAAGCACUCUUAAACCGAUUAGUUAUCAAGAAACUUUCAUUAAACCUGGAGAAAUUCAAGUUUAAUCAACAGUCACUUUGGUCCUAUGGCUACAUUCAGUCUAAGUACGGACGACUGUCAGGAGAUCCAAAACAAGUCGAGGCAAUUAAGAAUUUCAAAACGCCAACUGGUGUCAUUCAACUUCGUAGUUUCUUACGCCUGGCCAAUUACUAUUGA